AUGGCCACUUCGGUUUAUCCGGUCGACAACCAAUUCGCGGGCUUAGUCGAGGCAGCAACCGCAGCCGCUGGUCAGGAAGUCGAAUGGUCGCUUAACGAUAGCGCAGGCAGUUCUGCCCAUCAAUUCUUUGAAGGCAAUGAGGGUCAAAGAAGGCCGCCGCCCCGAGAUACAUGUACAGGUCCACUUGCUGGCCAGUACGAUCCUAGCUUGACGAGUCUCCACAACAGUAUUCCAUCUCAAGGCACUACUCACAUUAACACUAAAAAGAGAAAGAGAGCAGCAACUUCAAUUGGUGCAAAAGAGCACUUUGCUGAUGAAGAGCUUACUAGUCGGCCAACGCAGCAGCUUACAAGUGUUCAUUCUGCAGCUGCGCUGUUCCGCACUUCCUCAACCUCGAGCAAGAAAUAUACUAGGCCACCCAUGUCCAAAUUAUUUUCUUCACUACAUUUGCCGCCAGAGGAGUUCUUACACCUUCAGUCUGCAGCCAAAGCAUACAUGUUGGAUGAUGGUCACCCUGAGCGACGCGACUGCGUUGGCCAGCGUGGAAAGACGGACUCCGACAUGGUCAAGCUAAAAUUGUGGCACUGUGUAAAACAGUUCCUUGAUGAGGAAGGCAACGGAGAAAGGUUUUUCGGUGUCAAUGUGCCCAAGUUAGGUGGUGAGGAGGAGACUCGCUCGAUGACCUGGCCUGAGAAUGCUCAGCAGAUUAUCAAGAUUUGUAUACCUCUGCUGAGACGUAUGGUGACCAAUGAGAGACAGAGACAAUAUGCUGUGGAGUCAAGAAAGUGCGGCGGAGACAGUAAGCGAGAGAAACAGGUUCAGGAUGCCAAACAAUCGCCAUACCAAGCAUCGACGGCCACGCUUGACGGGACGGACAAUCCGGACACCUUCACGACGGAAAAGAUAGACAUGUUCGGUGAUGGACUGAUCUCCAAUUUAGAUGAGGCAAGCGAAUGGUAUACUGUCUACAAUUCCAAUGCUGUUCUCGAUAAGAUUUCCAUCAAAGCUGGCUUUCCCCGUGUUCUGUUUAUGCCUUUAGUCACCAAUAUCGACGCUCAUUGUCGCCUCUACCAUGGCGAUGAAGGACAUCUGUGCAAUGAGUCAUGCAGAACUCGCCUCGUCGAGCGACUCCUUGAACACCCAAUCUACCAGCGGCAUGCCCCGGGUGGGAACCCGCGAGAAACGGUACAAGAGGUGUUCCACGUAGUCUUGACCCACUUGAUCCUAACCAACUACUGGAAGAAUGGCAUAGCUGAUCACACGGCGAGAUCAAUCCCUGCAAGCAUCACGCCUACGCAACCAGAGCCCGAUAUGAACAGCUCUGGACCUCGAAAGAAAUUAACAUCAAGCAGCACAGGAAGUGUCGAGAUGACCUACGGUCACAAGCCAGACAAGUCACUGCGGCUCCUCAUCCACAUAGUGCAUCAGGAUAAGUGUGUUCUACCACCUUUCGACAUUCCGUCCAAUGAAUGUCGAGACCUCGAGGCAUUGAGAAAGGAGAUACAGCAACACUACAGUCUAGUAACAUUGCGAGACAAGCGUGUGAUGCCCCUCUCGGAGGCCACCUUUAAAGUAUGGUUGCCGGAUGGCCUGGUCAGAGUUGAGGAUGAUGGACAGUGGAUGGUAGCGCUGUUGAGCGCUGAGUCGGUGGAGUGGAUGGGUGGCCAGAUCAGAGUCCUGCUGGAGACAUAA